AUGAACCGAAUAUUUGGACGCGGAAAGCCGAAGUCGCCUACUCCAAAUCUGUCGGACUGUAUCGGAAAUGUGGAUGCAAGAUCAGAGUCCAUGGAGAAGAAGAUUGGCAGACUAGACGUUGAGCUUGUGAAGUACAAAGAUCAGAUGAAGAAGAUGAGAGACGGGCCCUCGAAGAACAUGGUCAAACAGAAGGCUUUGAGAGUCCUGAAGCAGAAGAGAAUGUAUGAAGGUCAAAGAGAGCAGCUGGCUCAGCAGUCUUUCAACAUGGAGCAGACAAACUACACCAUCCAGACAUUAAAGGACACCAAAACAACCGUGGAGGCCAUGAAGAUCGGUGCAAAGGAAAUGAAAAGAGCUUACAAGGACGUCAAAGUUGAUCAAAUCGAUGAUCUACAGGACCAACUGGAGGACAUGAUGGAGGACGCCAGCGAGGUCCAAGAGGCGCUGAGCCGCAGCUACGGCACUCCAGAUAUAGACGAGGAUGAUCUUGAAGCAGAGCUGGACGCGCUGGGCGACGAGCUGCUGCUGGACGACGACAGCUCGUACCUGGACGACGCCUCGGCCUCCCCCUCCAUCCCCGAGGGAAUGCCCAGCGAUGCCAAGACAAACAAGGACGGCGUUCUGGUGGAUGAGUUCGGCCUGCCACAGAUUCCUGCCUCGUAAACAAGGGAUGGAUUAAAGCAACUGCACUUCAACUGAAAACACUUUUAUAAGAGUAACAUUUAUACAUGCAAAAGGUUUGACCUGAGAACACUACGAUUUUGAAGCCAUCCGUGUGUUGGGUUGUGUAUUUUUAACACUACCGUGCUAGCAUGUGGCCUUGUGUGACCUUUUUUUAAAAACAUGAUUCCCCUUUCGGUCGUUUUCGUCCUCCUGUCUAGCACUUAUCCAUCAGUCUCGUCCAUCACCAGUAUUACCAAGCUCAUUUUUAUUUGUCUUAAUUGUGUUCUUGUUUUGUGUGUUGUUCGGUCAUCACUGUUAUGUUUUAGUUUUGUCUUACAAGUGGAGAUUAUUCUAUUAUUUUAAACAUGCAAAUUAAAUUGUUUUAACUUAC